AUGGAGUCUCAACCAUCACCGGGGCCCCCAUUCGACGCGCAAAUGUUUCUUUACCAGUUCCAGGCCGAACAGGCCGAACCACCCGAACAAACCCCAGAUACUGGGGAAAGUCAGGAAACAAAUGAAAAUACAACGGGUGAAAUAAAUGAGGAAACCCAACCUCCAGCCCCAAGCCCAGCAGCCCAGCCAGUAGCAACUCCAGUCCAAGAAUACUACCUGGAGCCUCCACCCCAGGGCACCUUCGACAGUAGAGAAACCCUACUGGAAACCGUGCGCAAGCACAGCAUCUCCAAAGGCUUCGCAACCUGCAUCGCGAAAUCCAGAGGCGAAUCUAUAUACAUAGGCUGCGCGCGUGGAGGCAUUCCAACAAAGAACAAGAACCUAGGUGGUAUUUCCGGGAUCCCGCGUCCUAGACAAAGGACCUCGAACAGAUGCGGCUGUCCCUUCCAGCUGUAUGCGAGACGGGGCAAAAAGCAGGAUGUGUGGGAGCUGCAGAUAAGGCAUCUUGCUCAUAAUCAUCCGCCUGACGAGCAUAUUUCGGCUCAUCCGGCGGCCAGGCGGCUUUCGGUAGUGCAGAAGAGGCAGGUCAAGCAUUUGAAUGCGAUUGGGGUCAAGCCGAAGGAGAUUGUGAUGUUUCUUAAGCUGGAGGAUCCUUGUACUGUGCUUACUCCUAUUGAUGUUUAUAAUGAACUUGCUAAGUUGAAAAGGGGGAUGAGGGAGUCGCUUGCGAUUGCUCAGCUGACUAUGCCGGAACAGCUUGAAGGUACGUCGCCGCAGAAUGCGGUUGCGGAUCCUUUAUAG